AUGCCCUCUACAGCUUCUUUUGAUGGCCGCUCUUCUAUCGAUAGUGGCGCGCAUCUGUUUGAAGACGUGGAGUUGGCCUCCCUGAUUGAGAACUUGACGUUGCGAACGAAAACACCGACUCGGGAAAGCGCUCAGAGCGACUUCGCGCACGUCUCGGACGUAGCCAUGUCAGACGAGGAACCCUAUCUGUCAGACGCUUCGGGCUCCUCAACUUCGUCCGCCGGGAAGCCCUCAAAGGCUCCCAUGCAGCCGGAGCCCUGCGCUCUUCUACAAAACAUCAUUGGACUAUACGAUCCUGCGGAAGAGCUCAAAAACUUUCCCACAACAUGCGGCCAGUACCUCGAGCUUCUUUUCACGCACCGUGAACUGUUCUCGGCUUGUCCCCACGCGCAUACGGGUUGCUCGGCCGGUCUGGCGCAACUCGCGCGGUCGCUGGAGCUUAGAGCUUGGCGCGCUGAUAGGGAGUGCGAUUCUGAAGCGGUAGCUGCUUUCCGUCACGAGAGUUGGCAAGUUGCCGCUUGGCUUCAAACAGGGGCUCCUCUGUCCGUCUUGUGA